AUGAACGUCGCGCUGCAGGAGCUGGGCGGUGGUGGCGGCGGCGGCAACAUGGUGGAGUACAAGCGGGCCACGCUGCGGGAUGAAGACGCACCCGAGACCCCCGUAGAGGGCGGGGCCUCCCCGGACGCCGUGGAGGUGGGCAAGGGGGUCCUCCCGUCCUCAGCAGGCCCUCCCAGUCCUGGCAUGACGCCUGGUCCGUACAGGAGCUCUGGGCUGUGCUGGAGGGUCGCCUGCCCCCACCUCGUCCGCUCCAUCUCUGGCCUCUGCGCUGGGACUGUGGUGGGGUUCCGGAAGGCAACAAGACCACUCCUGGGCUCCCGCACGCAGCUGGAGCUGUCACUGGCUGGGAUCUCGCUGCUGCUGGCUGCACUCCUCGUGGGCUGCUUGGUGGCCUUAGGGGUUCAGCACCAUAGAGAGCCGUCGCCCGGCACCUGUCUCACGGAGGCCUGCGUCCGCGUAGCUGGGAAGAUCCUGGAGUCCCUGGACCGCAGUGUGAGCCCCUGUGAUGACUUUUACCAGUUUUCCUGCGGUGGCUGGAUUCGAAGGAACCCCCUGCCUGAUGGGCGCUCUCGAUGGAAUACCUUCAACAGCCUCUGGGACCAGAACCAGGCCAUACUGAAGCACCUGCUUGAAAACACCACCUUCAACUCCAGCAGUGAAGCCGAGCGCAAGACACAGCGCUUCUACUUGUCCUGCCUGCAGGUGGAGCGGAUAGAGGAGCUGGGAGCCCAGCCCCUGCGAGACCUCAUUGACAAAAUUGGUGGGUGGAACAUUACGGGACCCUGGGACCAGGACAACUUCAUGGAGGUGCUAAAGGCGGUAGCAGGGACCUACAGGGCCACCCCGUUUUUUACCGUCUAUGUCAGUGCCGACUCCAAGAGUUCCAACAGCAAUGUUAUUCAGGUGGACCAGUCUGGGCUCUUCCUGCCCUCUCGCGAUUACUACUUAAACAAAACCGCCAAUGAGAAAGUGCUCACUGCCUACCUGGACUACAUGGAGGAGCUGGGGUUAUUGCUGGGUGGAAAGGCAGGCUCCACGCGGGAGCAGAUGCAGCAGGUGCUGGAACUGGAGAUGCAGCUGGCCAACAUCACAGUGCCCCAGGACCAGCGCCGUGACGAGGAGAAGAUCUAUCACAAGAUGAGCAUCUUGGAGCUGCAGGCUUUGGCGCCCUCCGUGGACUGGCUUGAGUUCCUGUCUUUCCUGCUGUCACCGCUGGAGUUGGGGGACUCAGAGCCAGUCGUAGUCUAUGGCACAGAUUAUUUGCAGCAGGUGUCAGAGCUCAUCAACCACACGCAACCAAGCGUGCUGAACAACUACCUGAUCUGGAACCUGGUGCAGAAGACAACCUCCAGCCUGGACCGGCGCUUUGAGUCUGCCCAGGAGAAGCUGCUGGAGACCCUCUACGGCACCAAGAAGUCCUGCCUGCCGAGGUGGCAGACCUGCAUCUCCAAUACGGACGACGCUCUGGGCUUUGCUUUGGGCUCUCUCUUUGUGAAGGCCACCUUUGACCGGCAAAGCAAGGAAAUUGCUGAGGGGAUGAUCAGUGAAAUCCGGACAGCCUUUGAGGAGGCCCUGGGGCAGCUGGUCUGGAUGGAUGAGAAGACCCGCCAGGCAGCCAAGGAGAAAGCAGACGCCAUCUAUGAUAUGAUUGGCUUCCCCGACUUCAUCCUGGAGUCCAAAGAGCUGGAUGACGUGUACGAUGGGUAUGAAGUAUCUGAAGACUCCUUCUUCCAAAACAUGUUGAAUCUAUACAACUUCUCUGCGAAGGUGAUGGCUGACCAGCUGCGCAAGCCUCCUAGCCGAGACCAGUGGAGUAUGACCCCACAGACUGUGAAUGCCUACUACCUGCCAACCAAAAAUGAAAUUGUCUUCCCCGCUGGUAUCCUGCAGGCCCCCUUCUAUGCCCGCAACCAUCCCAAGGCCCUGAACUUCGGUGGCAUCGGUGUGGUAAUGGGCCACGAGUUGACACAUGCCUUUGAUGACCAAGGGCGCGAGUAUGACAAGGAGGGGAACCUGCGGCCGUGGUGGCAGAACGCAUCGCUAGCCGCCUUCCGGAACCACACAGCCUGCAUGGAGGAGCAGUACAACCAGUACCAGGUCAACGGCGAGCGGCUCAACGGCCGCCAGACACUGGGGGAGAAUAUCGCCGAUAACGGGGGGCUCAAGGCUGCCUACAAUGCUUACAAGGCGUGGCUGAGAAAGCACGGUGAGGAGCAGUGGCUGCCAGCUGUGGAACUCAACAACCACCAGCUCUUCUUUGUGGGAUUUGCCCAGGUGUGGUGCUCGGUCCGAACGCCAGAGAGCUCUCACGAGGGGCUGGUGACCGACCCGCACAGCCCGGCCCGCUUCCGCGUGCUGGGUACUCUCUCCAACUCCCGUGACUUCCUACGGCACUUCGGCUGCCCUGUUGGCUCCCCCAUGAACCCAGGGCAGCUGUGUGAGGUCUGGUAGGCCUGGGCGGGGGUGGGAGUGGGGAGUAGCUUGG